AUGGCAAGCAUAGAUGAUUUUUUCAAGAAGCCCUUGUUGCCAUCGGGACAGAAGCGCAAAUCCGAACCACUUCGGGACCCAAACGAGAUAUAUAAAUCUGCCAAACUUGACGCCAAUGGUGAUGCUCGGGGUAGCAAGAAUGCUGCUGUAGAAGAUGCAGAGGACGAGGAUAUUGCUGGCCCAGAGCUCCCGCCGGAUCUUGCAGAGGAAGACAUCCCCGACGAUGAAGAGGGCCGUUUUUUUGGAAGUGGGGUGACUAGAGAUACGAGUAGUGCUUUGGAUUUCAUCGAACAGCAGGAAAAAGAAGGCGUUCAGUCAGGAAAAAUUGACGCGACAUGGUUACGGCGCACUGCUCUUAAUUUUGAGAAGCGGAUUUCGAAGAACGCGGAACUGAGGGCCAAAUUUGAGGAUGACCCGCAAAAGUUUAUGGCAUCAGAAGCGGAUUUGGACGUUGAUAUUAAAGGGCUAUCAAUUCUCUCUGAGCAUCCUGCUCUUUACCCAGAAUUCGCUGAACUUGGUUGCGCCGGGUCUCUCGUCUCAUUACUAGCUCACGAAAAUACCGAUAUCGCCAUUGAUGUUGUGCAAAUUCUCGCUGAAUUGACGGAUGAGGAUGUGGAGGCAGAAGAAGAGCAAUGGGAAGCGUUGGUGAAUGCUAUGAACCUAUGUUCCAAGUCAUCGAUAGCAGAGAAAAUCGGACAAGAAUCAGAUAUCAUACCUUGGCUUCACUCACGAAUACUAAAGAGUGAGAAAUCGGUCUCGCAGAACAAACAAUAUGCAGCAGAGAUCCUUGCAAUAUUGCUACAGUCAUCGACAAAGACUUGCGAGAGGUUCAUUGGGUUGGAUGGCGUGGACGCUUUGCUACGGCUACUUAGUCUAUACAGAAAACGCGAUCCCGAAAAGGACUCUGACGAAGAAGAAUAUGUCGAAAACCUAUUCGAUAGUAUGACAUGCAUUGUCGAUGGGGCAGCUGGGAAAGCGAAGUUCGUUGAGGCAGAAGGAGUCGAGCUUUUGCAGAUUAUGCUUCGGGAAGGCAAAAUGAGUAAGCUUAGGGCGUUACGGGUCCUCAGCCACGCCGUUGGUGGGAAGGACGGAAUUCAGGUAUGCGAACGGCUUGUAGAGGCGGGGCUCUUAAGAACCGUGUUUGGGAUGUUUAUGAAAAAGCAAGACAAUCAAACAAUAGAGCACCUGCUAGGGAUUUUUGCAUCUCUCCUCCGGUCACUCCCAGGCGAGUCUGCCGGACGCAUUAGAACAUUGGCAAAAUUCGUAGAAAAGGAUUACGAGAAGGUUACUCGAUUGGUGCAGCUCCGGCGAGGGUACGCAUCAAGACUUGUGCCUAUUGAUCAAUCGAUUGCGCAAGAGCAAGAAAGCUUGGCCAAAGAUGAACAGGACACAAUGGCCGCUGAAUGGCUUUCUCGAAGAUUGGACGCUGGACUCGUCCCGUUGCAGGUAUGA